CGGAGUUGGGCGUGGGUUCGAUGACAACUAAAUCGCGGUAACGUCACACUCCGACGCGUAAGCCACGCUCUCCCUCCUCUUUCUCUCUCAUCGAUCCAAUGCAAAUUUAUCGUUGCAGCAAUUCUUUCCAAAUUCCCAAAUUCAAAACACUUUUCAAAAAUUGAAUUCAUCUGUAUAUUGAAAUCGAACAAAAUAGCUGGUUAUAGUUAUACCAACAAAACAGAGCAAUCAACCAGCGAGACUCGGAGAGGGGGAAAAAAAAUAAAAAAGGAAUUGAUUGCUUGAUCAGUAAAGGUGGAUUGAUGACCUGAAGAAGAAUUCUUGUGUAUUGAAGGAAGGGAUCAUCGAUCAGUGAGCUUUCUGGGCAUAUAAAGAUUUUUUUAUCCUUUGUAUAUAUUGUAGAGGUAUUAUUUUAUGCGUAUAUGCAUUCUUCAUUCUUCUUGUGUUUAUAGAAAUAGGGUAAUUUACUAAUGAAUAAAGUGUUUGCAACUAGAAGCUAUUAGUAAAAAGGCGAAGUAUAUUCACUUGUUUAGAGUAGGGCCCACAGUCUAUUGGGUUUAUUUAGCUCUGGUUUGGAAAGAAAUUGGAAUUUACUUUUGGGGUCUGUAUAGAAGUUUUAUUAAAUGACUAGAUAAAUGGAGGCUUGAGGAUUUACGUUGGAACGUAAAUUUGGGCUAAAAUUUGGCAGAUGAAGAGAAUUUUGGUAUUUGAGGCGUGAAAACAACUGUAUUGCAGCUAAAUACUUCCAAGAGUCCAGCAGAAAUAAUGACUCGUGAGGCAUCUGGUCCUUCCAGUCAAUGGCCACAGCAAGAUUUAACCUCUGGCCUUUUGCUUAAUGGGGUGCCAGUUUGGAAAAAUGUAAAUAACAAUGUAUCUGUACAGACAGGUGAGGAGUUUUCAAUGCAAUUCCUUCAGGAUCGUGCUACUUCAAGAGUUGUUCCUCCCUUGCAUGGCGUUGCUCUGAACCAUGAGAAGAAGGUUGGUGUGCCUCAAAUUCAGAAUAACCAAAUAUGUUAUGAGGACCUUUCAAGAGUUCUUGGAUUGAGAAGAAUGGAUUCAGAGUGUGGUUCUGAUGUCACUGGAUUUACCUCUGCAAAGGGGUCUACUACAGAGAUUGAGAAUGGGAUUUAUGUUAAUAAUGAAGCUGUAUAUUGUAAUGAUGGUGGUGCUAAUGGACACGUGCCAAGAAAGUCUACUGCUGUAGUGUAUAAUGAUCAGACCAAUUCAAUGCAAUGUGCUUCAGUGUUACCUGAAUCUGAAUCCUCUAAAUCCUUGGAUUCUUCAGGAUUAAGAGUUUCGGAUGGUUCUCUAUCUGGAAAAAUAAAGUUUUUAUGCAGUUUCGGUGGUACAAUAUUGCCUCGACCUGGUGAUGGGAAACUCAGAUAUGUAGGGGGACAGACACGUAUCAUAUCAAUACGAAAGAAUCUUUCAUGGAAAGAACUAGUGAAGAAAACAUCUGGCAUAUGCGCCCAGCCUCACUCAAUUAAAUAUCAGCUCCCAGGAGAGGAUCUUGAUGCACUUAUAUCUGUGUCUUCUGAUGAGGAUCUGCAGAACAUGAUCGAGGAAUAUUAUGGGGAUGAAAAACUUGAGGGUUCUCAACGACUCCGUAUUUUUUUGAUUCCUUUGGGAGAAUCUGAAAGCUCCUGUACAUUUGAUGCCAGAUCCGUUCAACAGAAUGAAUCUGAUUAUCAGUAUGUUGUUGCUGUAAAUAAUAUUGUGGGGAUUGAUCCUUUCCCCUCAAUGUACUUUAAUGGGCAGCCUUCUGCAGUGGAAGCGAGCCAUUCAUUGCCUAAUGCAGAAAGCAACCCAAUCUUUAAGGAAAGCCCCCCCUUCCUUCCAUAUCCUUUGGAAAUGAAGGAUAGCCCCGGUGUCCCAAAUCUUACCCAUAUUUUGAAUGAAUCCCAGAAUUUGAUCAACUUCCCAAAUCAAUCCCCUUCUAUUACUCCCGUUCUUGUUCAACAAGGAGAUCGAAGGAAUGAUAGUACAGCAUUGUAUAAAAAUAUUGCAUCAGGGAGCAGUACUGAAGGCCCCAUUUUAUUCAGCAAUGCUCAAUUAUCACCUCCACCCGAGAGUUCCAUUUGCUAUUCUGCUGCAUACUAUCAUAACUCUCAGUUGCCCAUAAAUGUGACCAGUUCACUCGAUCCUAUUAGAAAAGAUGACACCAUGCAGCCAAAUGUUUCGAGUGAAUCUAUUUUCCAGGGCGAGCUUGUGGCUCCGCCUGGACUUAAGCAAAACAGCAGAAACUUUGAACAAAGCUGUCAUGACAGGGCAGCAAUGACAGGAAGAAUAUUUCAUUCGGAGAAGCUUCACUCUCGCCCAGAUGAUCUGAUGGGCAUUUUGCCAGGAUGUAAUGAUUCAAUUGGUUCCCAUCGUGGAAUGCCUCAUGCCGUUUCUGAUUCCAAGCUUCAGGAACAAGGUGAGAGGUCUAUUUACGGCUCACAAGAAGGUAUGACUCCGUUGUCCACCUUGAACUUUACAAGACCUCAAUUAUCUUCACAGAAAGUACCAGUUUCUUUGCAAGAAAAGCCAUUGCAAUUUCACAAGAAUAUUGGCCUUGUCGAGCCACAAGUUCAUAUUAAGCGACUGAAUGUGGAGCCAACUCUAUCUAACAGAGGGGUGGAACUGAUGUUUCCUCUUGGCUCGGAGUCAUUAAGCGGAACUGGAUCUAAUGAUCAGGUUGAAAAUUGUUGGAGUUCUGAAACAAUGAUCAGGCAUGACACAAGUGGCCAACUGUUACACAAUGUAGAGAACUUUUGUGGUAGCAAGUCACCUAUGGUUGCUAUGGAGUCAAUUAAAAAUUUGCAAAAUGUCAAUUGCCCAGCAUCUCCAAUGGACUUCAACUCUUCAAGACAAGAUGCACAGCUCGCUAACUGUGUUAUUCAUGCAUCAUCUGCAAUAGACUUGAAACCAGGUGUUGAUUCAACGGUUGAGAAAUCUCAAAACAAUCAUAUGGGGAAAACCUCAUCUGGGGUCAUUAGGUUCAAACAAGAAGGCAACAAUUCAUGGGACAAGAACUCAGAAGUUGCCAAGCUUAUACACAAUUCUAGGGAACAGUCUCAUGUUGGAAGCUCUUUAAGUGUUAUACAUGGUGAAUUAUCUAAUGAUUUAGUUUCACAUGAGGUCCCUAAGCAUCAACCUGUUGCAGGUCCAAAUGAUAUGGGUUUUGAGAAACCCAAGAUAACAGGAUCUGAAGACCUGCUUAACCCUACAGUUGCUGAUAAUGCAGGUGGAAAUAAGAUUCUGCACAACUCUGCUUUGAUGCAGAAUUCAUCUAAGGAUGCUAUUUAUAGGAGAGAAGUCUGUCUCCUCGAUGAGGACUUGGCCAAUUACACUGAUCACCGUAUUGGAAAGUUGAACCAUUUCGAAUUUUCUAAUGAGCAGCAUAAGCUCCAGGAGACUCAACUAUGUAAGAACAAAGAACAACAUCAGCAGAAGCCUGUCCCUAUAAUUCAAUACGCAAGUUUACAUUUAUCGCCUGCUGCCGAAUCUCGCUCCAACAUCGUCCUAGAAGUAGCAGAUACAGUUAAUGCAGAAAACUUAUCUCCUAGUGCUACUGAAGCUGAGAGCACUUUAAAGAAUUCGAGUUCUGAGGAUGCCCCUUCCGAUGGACAUAAAGAAGAAUUGAUUAGUGAUGCGAUGAUAGCUGAAAUGGAAGCGGACAUAUAUGGUUUGCAGAUUAUAAAGAAUGCUGAUCUUGAAGAAUUGAGCGAGUUAGGAUCUGGCACAUAUGGAACUGUUUAUCAUGGGAAAUGGAGAGGAUCAGAUGUUGCCAUCAAGAGAAUAAAAAAAGCAUGUUUCUCUGGGAGAUCAUCAGAACGAGAACGAUUGGCACAAGACUUCUGGAGAGAAGCGCAGAUCCUGUCCAAUCUCCAUCACCCAAAUGUUGUUGCAUUUUAUGGAGUAGUACUAGAUGGUGCUGGGGGAACCUUGGCAACUGUAACUGAAUUUAUGGCAAAUGGAUCGCUCAGAAAUGUCCUAAUUAAGAAGGAUAGAUCACUCGAUCACCGUAAAAAGCUCAAAAUUGCCAUGGAUGCAGCUUUUGGCAUGGAGUACUUGCAUUCAAAAAAUAUUGUCCAUUUUGAUUUGAAAUGUGACAAUUUGUUGGUUAAUCUAAGAGAUCCACAACGACCCAUAUGCAAGGUUGGAGAUUUUGGACUAUCAAGAAUCAAACGCAAUACACUAGUAUCUGGUGGUGUGCGAGGAACCCUUCCAUGGAUGGCACCAGAACUAUUGAAUGGGAGCACUAGCCGGGUAUCAGAAAAGGUUGAUGUGUUUUCAUUUGGCAUAGCACUAUGGGAGAUCCUAACUGGUGAAGAACCUUAUGCAAAUAUGCAUUGUGGGGCCAUCAUUGGAGGAAUUGUCAAGAACACUCUUCGGCCUCCCAUCCCUGAAAAGUGCGAUAGCGGGUGGAGGAUACUGAUGGAACAAUGUUGGUCAGCUGAACCAGAAGCCCGGCCAUCAUUCACUGAUAUCACUAAUAGGUUAAGAUCUCUGUCCGUGGCCCUUCAAUCGAGGGGGAAUAUCAACUAUUUGAACCAAAUGAAGCCCAAUAUUACCAUGUGAGUCCAAAUUCAUAAAUGUGUGCUUUCUUCAGGGGUAAAUAUCGAAUAUUAUCUUGAAAACUGCAGUUGGGGUCGAAGUUUCGUGAAAUUUUUAUUUCUUCCGUUGAUAGUGUCUCUCUCAUUUUGGUGUUUUGAACCUUUACCAAUUAUUGAAAUCUUUUUUUAUUUUUUGCAACUGAAACGCUUUAAAUUACUGUUCAGACGUGAAAUAGAGUAUUUUAAGACAGGUAGUUGAUUAGCCUCGUAUGAAUCACUUUUCCUGUGUGGUUGAAUGCAAGAGUAGUUUUUUGA